GCUUGUAAACAGUUUAUGGUCACAGCUGUUUUUCAAUCCAGAAGUUGCACCAUCAUGUUGCGCUGUUUCGUGCUCCUGCUGUUUUUGGGGUUCUCAUCUUCUUCUACCGUAAAGCUUCUGGUGGGAUCGCAGUUCAAGCUGAAGUGCUCCCCUGACCUGGACCUUUUAUCUGCAGACUACUCAUGGAGCUUCACACCUCUGCUGAAAACAGACCAGCGUGUGGAAGUCCAUCCGUUUCAGCUCAACCACAAGGGUGAAGAGCUGGAGCUGAACCCAGUGAAGCUCCAGCAUGCUGGAACGUACAAGUGUCAGGUUAAGGGCUUUUCUGAAUUGGGGCCCAUGAAGGUGAAGAGGAUUUUCAAAAUCGAAGUCACUGGGACCCCUGUGCUUAUAAAAUGGCUAUACUUUGAAAGAACUGAAGGAGAAUCCGUGACGUUUCCGUGCUCUUCCUCUCAAAUAACCGACAGACUGGAUUCUGUCAAAGUCAAGUGGUUCAAGGUAAAGGAAUUGGCAAAGGGCUUUCAAGAGCAGGAGCUCAAACCUAUUGUCAGAAACCUGUGGUCCACUAAAAAGAAGGGGUUUAUAAAUGAGGAGGAGACGCUGGCCAGGAGAGUUUACUGGGCGUCUGAUCCAAAGGGAUCGGACUGGUCCAUUGAAAUCAAGAAUGUGGAACUGGACGAUGAAUCUCUGUAUCGGUGUGACAUCAGUGCUGGCUCAAAAAAGGAAAAGCUGUUAAUGGAGCUUGUGGUGAAGCGUGCCCCGCCCCCUCGCUGUUUAAACUAUUCACAGCCUUGGGAGGAGUGUCCUGAUACAGACAGCCCGUCAGGGGAGGCGAUCCUGCGCGAGUCUCUGACUCACUUCUCUCUUCAGCUCUAUAAAACCAUCAACACGCUGCAGCCUGAGAGUAACCUGCUCUUCUCACCAAUCAGCAUCUCCAUCCUGCUCUCUCACCUGCUGCUGGGAGCUCGAGGACAGACGAGAACUCAGCUGGAGCACUGUCUUUUCCUGCCCUCGGAUUUCUCCUGCGUUCACUCUGAAAACCAACGGCUGAUCAACAAGACGAAGGAUUCGAUUCUCGUAGCCAAUCAGAUGUUUUUCAACCAAGAGUUCAAACUCCGUGAAGCAUUCAUCAACCAAUCUCAGGAGUUCUACGAAUCCACACCACAAAACCUGACCAGUGACCCCGAGGCCAACGUGAAGCUGGUGAAUGACUGGGUGGCGACCAAAACGCAGAACAGGAUAAAGAAGCUGGUGGAUUCCUUAGACGAAUCAGCAGAUUUAGUUUUACUCAAUGCUGUUUACUUCAUUGGUAAAUGGAAAGGAUCAUUUCAAGUUAUAAAUGGAGAGUUUACGACGUUUUCGGGAGACGUGCUGUCCAUCCCGACUCUCUACAGCUCCACCUUCGAUCUGGCUACAGCUUACAUCCAGCAGCUCAAAAUCAGGGUGGGGAAAUUCAUCCUGACAGGGAAGAACAGUCUGUACAUCUUGCUGCCGCUCUCAAACAAUAAAAAAGCGCUGCAGGACCUGGAGGCAUCGCUGACUGAGGCGAACAUCAGAGGCAUGGUGAAGGAGAUGGCUUCCAUCUCUCCAGUCCGGUCUGAAGUGUCGCUGCCCAAAAUGAAACUCCUGGUGAACACAGAUCUCCAUACGGUCCUGAAAGAACUUGAGCUGUUCGCAUUAUUUGAUGACCCAAACCUGUGUGGAAUCUUUGAUCAGAGAAGAGCCACACCUCUGAGCGAUGUUCGUCAUCGUGCUUUCCUGUCCCUGACUGAGAAAGGAGUGGAGGCUGCGGCGGCUACCAGCCUCUCGUUUUCACGCUCCUUCGCCCGCUUCGACGCCAUGCGUCCGUUCAUCCUGAUAGUGUGGAACGAGGAGAUCAGCAACCCUCUGUUCAUUGGGAGAGUUCUUAAUCCACAGACGAGUGAAUAAAGCAGAGGAUCAUGUGCUGAGAUUUAUUACAUGACACAAAAGUAAAAUGUGUAGGUUCUGAGCAGAAUCAUGACAUAAAUACUUACCAUGUGACCUACAGCAUCAUCA